AUGAACCCACUCGUUCUCACCUGUCUCCUGUACUUAGUAGUCUGCAGUGUUCCAGGUGCUCAGGGAUCUGAGGCCACUUUCUCUGGUGAACUAGCAGGAGUGACUGGGAGUGUGGCCUCUGGGGACGGCCUCCAGAGUUCGCCAAGUGAUGACGAUGAACUGGAAAUAGAUGAAGAACUUUCAGGAGGGGACAAUGAAAAUUUCAAGCUCCAUGAUUUACAUCCCAUUCAAGAUGAGAGUAAAAAAAGGAAGGGCAAAGGAAAGAGGAAAAACAGGCACAAGAGCAGAAGCACGACUCCGUUCAAACCGGAGCAUGUGGUCUCCACCACAGGAAACACAUCAACUCUCAGCACCACAGUGGAUCCCUGCACCUCCACCCACCUGGGAUACUGUAUUCAUGGUUACUGCAAGCACAUAGAGGGGCUGCAAGAGCCAGUAUGCAUAUGUUUGAAGGGUUACGAUGGGGAGCGCUGUGGCAUCCAAACUCUGGGGACAAGUAAAACCCAGAGCAACAAUACUGACUUGGUGCAGACAGUGUUGGUGAUUGUUGCUGUGGUCCUGUCAGUCAUCAGCUGCAUCGUCAUCCUGCUCAUGACCUGUGCUCAUUACAGGUCACAUAAAACCUUAUUGGCAUCCUACCUGGAAACUGGGACAGAGCAAGAGAAGCUACAGAAACCCACCGCUGACGUCGCAGUGUGAGGGUGUAGAGUUACAAUGAGACAAAGCAGAUCGGAGGAAUCCGAGGACUUGAGCUGGAAGUAGAGAUAAAACUGCUUCAUUAGAUGCUGUGUUAAAAGAAACACUAUGCAGAACUUGUUAGAAUGUAAUUUAUUUAGUGCGAUUAUUUAUUGCUAAGGACUAUAUAACUGUUUUUAUGUUGGACUAUUGUUAUGAUAUUGU